GCCAGGCUCCCGGGCGGGUACAAUUGCCGGUGCGCAACCGGAACCGAUCGCAGUCGCCGUCGAUCGUCGGUGGCAUCAACAGGAACCGGAGGGUCGUCCUUUGCGCAACGCGCAACACUUUGUUGCUUCGCCGCGCCGCUUCACCGCGCACAUUGCGCUGUAACGCGCGGGUGGUGAGAGCGAGAGUGAGUGAGUGAGCGAGUGAGAGCUCGCGAACGAUCGCGAUCGAGAGUGAACAUUAUUGCGUGAACGUCGACGUGCCGCUGGCGUACUGUUUACAUUUCGGGGUUCGGCUUCACGGCGGGCACGGGCGGGCGGUCACGGUGCAUUACACGUGGGGUCGCUCUCCGCGCGCGUGUGCGUGUUUGUGUGGCGCGCGUAGACCAAAGUGUCCUUCCCUGGGCCGACAUCCGACCGCGGGGCCGCGCUGCCGAAGUGAAAGAAUCCGGCGAGCCCGAGCGAGUGAGAGAGAAAGAGAGAGAGACAGUGACGGGUUGCGCGAUCGCUGCGUCGUCGUCGUCGGCGGUGGCGUCAGUCGUGCCGCGGAUUCGGACCACAGCGGACGCAUCGUGCAAUCGUUUCGGAGUGCGCCUCGCAGGAGCCCCCGAAUAUCGGUGUCCCGCGGAAACCCGGUAACGGCCGGGGUAAAAGUGAAAGCACGAGUGACACGACGCACCCGGCCGACGAUGCACUGAUGCACUGGUGGCGGCCUCGUGUCGUGAGCUAGGCCCGAAAUUCACGAAAGAUCGUGAAGAUCGGUGAAGACCGGCCGCGUGCUAUGUGACGCGUUGCGUAACACGCGUGUGUGCUUCCUCUUUGCCCUACUUACCGGAGGGCCGUGCAGGGUGCUCGUUCUAGGCCCGAAGUAACUCGGUUCCUUGCGCCGGCACAAAAAUAGGCACUUUCCUGUGGCGUGUGCGUGCGUGCGAGUGUGUGACCGCGAACGGAAUUCAGUCCUCAGGAAUCCUGACUCCCCGGCUGCACUGCCACUGAUUUUUGAUCGUACAAAAACCGUUUGAACCUCAGUCGCGUAGCUCGGCAACCCGUAAUCCCGAUCCCGAUCCGAGCACCGCCCCGCAAAAUGGUCGCGAAAGGAGUCCGUAACCAGUACCUGGCGACGUACUGUGCAAAUCUCGCCACACUCAUUUACGGCCUGUCCAUAGGAUGGCUUUCGCCCAACAUUAUCCUGAUGUCUUCCGACGACACGCCGCUGGUGACGGGCAAGAUCUCCAGCGAGGAGCAGGGUACGAUCGGGUCGAUCGGUACCAUCGGCUGCAUGCUGGCGCCCCUGGUUUGCGGUUGGGUGGCCGAAAUAGCGGGCCGCAAGGCCGCCCUGAUGCUGAUCGGCAUCACACAGCUGAUCAGCUGGGUCGUGAUGCCGUUCGCCACCAACCUUAGCAUCAUCUACACAUCCCGGAUCUUUGGCGGGUUCGCCGGUGGUGGAACGCUGUCGAUUGUGCCUCUGUUCGUGUCGGAGAUAUCGGAAGAUAGAAUACGAGGAACGCUGGGAACGAUGCUCGCGAUCUCGUGCAAUGCCGGAAUCUUGCUCGGAUUCAUCAUAUCUCACUACAUCAACUGUUGGGCCGUGACGUACCUUGCGCUGCUCCUGUGCGUGGUCUAUUCGUUGGGCUGCUGCUUCUUGCCAGAAUCUCCACAGUAUCUGUUCGUCAAGAAGAAGAAGGAGAAAGCGAUUAGAGCGUUGCGGUUCUACCGUGGGGAGGAAGCAGAUAGUGAAACAUCACAGUUCACCGCCGAGGUGGCCCGCUUCAAAGACAUCCACAACGAUGGCAGCCCGAAGAAGAAGGACUCCAACCAGAUCCACAUCAAAGACUUCCUGACCCGAUCCCGGUGGAAGCCUAUCCUGAUCUGCGUGGUGGUGAUUCUGUUCCCGGCCGGAUCCGGCUCGAUCCCGCUCAUCACCUACACGGCCAACAUCUUCGAAGGGUCACACUCGAACCUCAGCCCGGCGAUGUCAUCCAUCGUCGUGGCCACCCUGCAGCUGAUCGGGUCGUACGUCGCGACACUGAUGGUCGAGAAGGCGGGCCGGCGUGUGCUACUGGUCAUCUCGACACUCGGCUGCGCCGUCUGCUCGGUCACCAUGGGUACCUACACGUUCCUUCAGGAGAUGGACGUCGAUGUGGCGUGCUUCCGGUGGAUCCCGGUGGCCAGCAUGUCCGCGCUCGUCUUCGUCAACGCCAUCGGUAUCGGUAUUGUGCCAUUCAUCAUCAUGACCGAAAUCCUGGACCCGAAGAUCCGCGGCUCGAUCGUGACGUUCUGUCUGCUGGAGUUCUCCAGCGUGACGUGCCUAGUCGUUAAGUACUUCCCGACCGCGGUCGAGCACCUCGGAAUGUACUCGUGCAUGUGGUUCUUCACCUGCUGCUGCGUCGCGUCCGCCACCUUCGUGCUCACCUGCAUGCCGGAGACGAAGGGCAAGAACUUCGAGCAGAUCUCCGAAUCUCUCAACAACGGCAAAAAGACUGCCCACAAAGAUGUCGCACCGACGCCCGUCAAGGAAAAUCAUACGAUACAUUAUGGUACAACUAUUACGAACCAACACAAGCGCCCCUUCGAUACCGGGGUGAGCAGCAGCAGCAGCAGCAGUACAUUCGUUAGCCGCAGCCGGGGAGCGACGAUGUUCUUAGAAUUUCUCUCACGACGUUACUGGACACAGUUCGGAUCCAUAGCGGCCGUUCACAUCAUCACCGCCAGCUACGGUGUGACGGUAGGAUGGCCUGCACCGAUCAUACCGCUCCUGCGAUCGCCCGAAACGCCGCUCCCGUCGGGGCCGAUCACGGUCGAGGAAGCGUCAUGGGUGGGGGCUGCACUCUGUAUCGGAGGCACCACGGGGACGAUCCUGUUCGCGCUGAUCCACACGUACUUCGGCAAGAAGACCGGGCUCCUGCUGAUGGCCGUCCCACACCUGGUCCUGUGGACGCUGGUGCUCGUUGGUGACAACAUUUGGUACAUCUACUGGGCCCGGUUCUGUAGCGGACUCACCGGCGGCGGAGUGGUCAGCGUGGUGCCCCUGUACAUUGCCGAUAUUGCGGACAAAAGAAUCCGCGGAACGCUCGGUUCGCUGACGAUCAUCUUCAUCAACCUCGGGCUACUGUUUAUCUACUCCACCGGGAACUACCUCGCGUACGAUACGAUUCCCAAGAUCAUGCUCGUCGCUCCGGUGGCGUUUCUGGUGCUAGUCAGUUUCCUUCCCGAAACUCCCCAGUGUCUGCUGCGGAAGGGGCUGCUGUCGCAGGCCGAGCAAUCGCUGAUGUUCUACCGUAACGUGCCGGACGAGAACCACAAAACGGCCGACUUCUACGUGGAGUUUGAGGAAAUGAAAACGUUCGCCCUCUCGGGAACCACCCAGACGCGGCUCCGUUGGGCAGACUUUACCACACCGGAGGCAAAGAAAGGACUCUUCAUAGGGGUGUUUGUGAUGGCGCUCAACCAGUUCAGCGGCAUCUUCGCCAUUCUCACGUACGCCGGGACGAUCUUCCAGAUGGCGGGCACCGGAAUCGAUCCGAACCUGGCGCUCACGAUCGUAGCGAUCAUCAACAUUAGCGGCAACCUGAUGUCGUUCGCCAUCGUUGAUCGUGUUGGGCGGAAAGUGUUGCUCCUAAUGUCGGCGCUGGGAGUCGGCCUAUCGCUCGGAGUGCUCGGAGCGUACUCUUACCUGCGGACUAGCGAGUACGAUCUGCGGGGCUUCGAGUGGUUGCCGGUGCUGGCGCUCUCGAUGACCCUCUUCCUGGCCGCCAUCGGUAUUACCAACGUUCCGUUUUUCAUCUUGCCCGAAGUGAUGCCACCGAAGCUGCGCAGUGUCGGGAGCACCAUCAGUGGCACUUUGCUGUGCAUGUUCGCCUUCGUGGUCGUCAAACUGUACCCGAUCCUGAUGGAGAGCAUACAGAUUCACGGAACCGUGUGGAUAUCGUCCGGGGUGUGUGCCGUUUCGGUGUUCGUAAUCAUAUUUCUGAUUCCGGAAACGAAAGGAAAAAACCUUAAUGUACAAACGGAAAGCGCGAAGCGAUAACAUAAACCAGCAAAGCAACCAAACUGGAAACUGGAUGGAAAUAAACGAAGUACUCUAGAACCAGACU